CAACGCUGCUCUUAGCUGUCAGGCCAAAGUCUGCUCAAUACUUUUACCACAAAGUAUACUUUUACUUCACAAAACAGCGGAAGAAGUAGAGUUUGUUGUUCAUUGGAAAAAUUAUUUAAUUUAAUUAGCUUUAUUGAAUGAAUUCGAAUAGAAAAGUGUAUAUUAAUUAUUGUUUAGUGGAAGUUUUAGUUUUUACUACGUGAAAUAGGUUAACCUCCAGUUAAGUCUAAAAUUUGUGCAUAGUCAUGUUUGAAGAUGCCGACAAUAUUGCUGACAUAUUUCGUGGUAAUUUACCAUAUUAUAUGCUUUUGGCCUUGCCAAUAUUGAUAAUAUGCUCCUCGAAUCCUGUGCUAGCAUCUAGUGAAUUCUCUGUCCAGCGUAUGUCCCAAUACGAUGUCAAUGGUGUUUAUUUUGGAUGUCGUUCAUCUGCAUUAUCUUUGGAAGCCAAAUCCCUAUACACUUGGAGUACGGGUAGACAUUGUGUUAUUGCCAAAAUUCCAAGAUAUGACAGUUGAUCAAUUUAGAGAAAUUCGUCAAAGGCUGGUGGUUUAGUACUACUUUUGCCAAAAGAUGUUGCAUCAAUGAGCAGUGAGGAAAAAGAACAUAUCAGUCUUUUAGAGCAAACUGUCUUGGAACAAGCAAUUACAAUACCAGUGUACUUUUCGGCGUACAAUUCAAAAUUAGAGGACAUUAUAGCUGAUAUAACACGAACUGCUAGUAAAAAGCGGAUAGAACAAUCUAGUUCAUCUAACACUCAAACAAAGCAACGCGAAUCGGCUUUAAAUGAAGUAUUUAGUUCCAUAUCUGCAAAUGGUUACCAAAUUAUUGUGUCUGGAGCCAGUCAUUCAAAUAACAAGAUCAGUAAAAUUCCUAUUAUUCAGGGUGAGUUAGCACCUACGAAGGUUACGAAAUUUGCCGAUGGUAUUACAGAUACAAACAGCAAAUUGCCAAUGAUAAUUGUAGCCGCCCACCUAAAUACUUUUGGAUUGUAUAAUGACUAUCCCCUAAAUGCUGAUGCAGCAGUUCUACUGACUCUAGCAGACAUGUUUAGUAAAUUGCACAAUACUUCGAAUACGGCUCUUAAAUACCGUAUCCUAUUUUUGUUAACUGAAUCGGGUCCAUUGUUAAAUUAUCAAGGUGCUAAAAAAUGGCUCGACGAAAAUGUUCAACUACAGAACGUCGAGUUUGUUUUAUGUUUAGAUUCGAUCACUCAGUCUAUAAAUUCAGAAAGCAGCAAUCUUUACAUGCAUGUUUCGAAACCACCAAAAGAAAAUACGCCAAUAAAUAUAUUCUUUAAGCAUUUAAAAAAUGUUUCGAACAUAUAUAGUAAUAUAACUACUGAAGGUGUUCACAAAAAAAUUAAUUUAGCUGAACCACAAUUAGCUUGGCAACAUGAACGCUUUAGUAUUAAACGUUUGCCAUCAUUUACCUUGUCGUCUUUGAAGUCACCAAAGCAUCACUCGCGUACAACUAUAUUUAAGGAUAAGGAAGAAGUCAUCUUGACACAAACACAACGUAAUGCAAAAAUUAUUGCUGAGGCUUUAGCUCGUUAUGUUUAUACAAAUUCCGCAUUAGAAGAGAUUGAAGACUUUGAAAUAUUUUCAGGAACCAUGCAAAUUACAAAUAAGCUCAUCAAAUCAUACAUAAAUUUGAAAUCAGCUUUGCAAAACAACGACUUGAAGAACGCCUUUGAAAAGUACCUUAAAAAUGUAAAAGUUAUUUAUGAAAAACCUGACGCACGGGAACCCGAUUUUAUGUUAUAUGAAGGCUCUGAUGCAAUUCUUAAUGUUUACCGUGUUAAACCAGCAGUGUUCGACUUGUUCCUAACCAUCUUAAUUUGUAGCUAUUUAUGCUCAGUGUACUUCGUCAUACAAUUUUUCCCGAAUAUCUAUGAAGUUAUUUGUAAAAUAUCGUUAAAAUCCCAGGAGUCAUCGCCCAUUCACGCUAACCAUAUAGAACGUAAUAAAACAAAGAAUUACUAGUUUAUGUAAAUAUAGUCAAAUUUAAGUUAAUGUAUUAUUUAAAUUUUAUAUAGUUUGCUUUGAAAAAAUAUGUGAAUUUAAAAAAAAAA